AUGUCCUACUCAAUAAGCACAAUUAUAAGCAGCUCCAAAGGUACCAAGAGUAACGAUAAAUUUCAAAGUUUCCCCGUCAAAGUCCACGACCUCAACGCUGAAAUUCAACCAGCAAGAGUAAAACGCCCUCGGCAUCUCCGAAAAAACCCUUUCAACGCAUUUUACAAAGAAACCCCAGAGUCAUUUAAACCAAAAAACUACAAUAAAAUCCUAGACGGCUUUUUACUUUUAGAAAUAUGCAAAGUGGAAUGCCUUAUACUUACACUUAAUUAAUAUAGAAAACUCCGCCGUAAUUCCCGAAAGACUACCUCCACCCUUAACGCUUCUCUCGCUUGCUCACUAUCAAUCAUAACACAACCUUUCAAAGAGCCGCCCUUACUGGACGAGGAUGCUCAUCGAGUGCCAAUUUCCCUUCCACAAGGUUCCUGCUGCCUUUCGUGCUCGCGGCUACAGGUGUUGAGAAAAAGGGCUGCUUCGUCGUCGCCAUUUUAAUGUAUAUGCAAAGUAGAAAUGCCAAAUGAAGCAAUUUGUGCAAGACUCAGCGGUGAAGGCAUAUCUGAUGUAGUAGAGGACGAUUUAAAGUACUUUACAAGCUUAAGUACAUUAGAUCUCUCAGAUAACGCAGUUGCUAUGGAAAAGCUGAAAAAUUUAGAAAGUCUGACUGAGCUGAAUUUGAUGUGCAACAAAAUAACGAACAUUCCAACCCUCCCAUUUCCUUCAUUCAGAUGUUUGGAAACUUUGAAUUUAAGCUAUAAUAAAAUCCACGCAUCAAGUAUUUCAAAUCUUUCUUCACUUGGAAGAUUGGAAUCGCUGGAUUUAUCUUCAAAUGAUUUAUGCACCUUACCUGAAGAUUUAAGUGACUUUAAGGCUUUGAAAGAAUUGUAUUUAAGCUCAAAUGGGUUUUCUACUGACAGUGUUUUAUUUUCUGCUUCUUUAUUAUUCAGGUCUUUGUCUACAAUUCCUGGCUUGCAAAAGCUUGAUAUUUCUAGAAAUAAAUUGAGAGGAAUCCAUAGCGAUGCUCUUGAACAAGAAGCAUUCGUACAUCUAAGAGAGCUGGAUUUUUCUUAUAACUGGGUAGAUAAUCAAGAUAACCUUAUGUAUGCAAGCAAUAUGCCAAGUCUCCAAAUACUUAUAAUAACAGGCAAUCCUUUUGCACAAACCAAAGAUGUUGAUAAAUUACAAGAGGUAAUCGCAACUGAGCUAGGCGGAACAAUUAUAAGCGAAUCGCAAAAUAACAAAAAAAGAAACAAAGCACCUUAUGCAAGACCAAUUGCUUAUAUAACUCAAGAUUAUACAGCUGCUUUAAAAAAUCAAUUGUUUGGGGUUGAGCUUAGCAAAGAUAUGGGCGUGCUGCCGAUUUCUGAAAUAAAUUCAACACAAGAAAUCGAAGAAGAUAUUUUCCCGCCUGCAAUUGAGCCUCCUCCAGCUUAUAAAGAUAUUUAUACACCGAGUAAUGAUAGAGGCUCAUCUAGGCCUAUAAAAGAAAGUGCUGGAAAUCAAUUUUUCUUAACAGAAACUGAAGGAGGAGAGAAAAAGAUGAGAGAAAAAGCCAAAAGGACCAGACUUGAAGAGUUCAGAAACGCUGCAAGAAGUCUACUUGGAGAUGAAAAAGAAUAUGAAAAAUCGCUUGAUUUAGAAGCUGCUUAUAGACAGCUUAAACAUAUGAUAAGACAUCCUACCACUUACCAAAGCAAAAAUGCUGGUCCGAGAUAUUCUCAGUUUACAGCUUCAAGAAACACUUAUAAGCUCAGCAUACAGCCUAAAGUAACUGAGUCUAGCAAGAAAAAGUCUUCUCAAAUGGAUGAUGUGCGUAAGGAAAUUGAGUUUAUUGGAAAAACUCUUGAUGCAAUUCCUCAUAGGAUUCAAUCUGUAUAA